GGCGUCAUAUGACCGCGGCGCGGGGGCGAGCUGGGCCGUGAGGGAGCGCGCGGGUGUGGGACAGCCGCUGCCGCCGCCAGCACCGGGCCCAGCACUGCCAGAGCCCCCGGCCCCACGCUGCCGCCACCAUGCUGGCGCUACUCUCCCGGCUGCUGGACUGGUUCCGCUCGCUCUUCUGGAAGGAGGAGAUGGAGCUCACCCUGGUGGGGCUGCAGUACUCGGGCAAGACCACCUUCGUCAACGUCAUCGCGUCAGGUCAAUUCAGUGAAGAUAUGAUUCCUACUGUGGGCUUCAACAUGAGAAAAGUUACGAAGGGUAACGUUACAAUAAAGAUUUGGGAUAUAGGAGGGCAACCACGAUUCCGAAGCAUGUGGGAGCGAUAUUGCAGAGGAGUUAAUGCUAUUGUCUACAUGGUAGAUGCUGCAGAUCGUGAAAAAAUAGAAGCCUCUCGAAAUGAGCUGCACAAUCUUCUAGAUAAGCCACAGUUACAAGGAAUCCCUGUUCUAGUACUUGGAAAUAAGAGAGACCUCCCUAAUGCUUUGGAUGAGAAACAGUUAAUUGAAAAGAUGAACCUUGCUGCUAUUCAGGACAGAGAAAUCUGCUGCUACUCAAUUUCUUGCAAAGAGAAAGAUAAUAUAGAUAUCACGCUUCAGUGGCUUAUUCAGCAUUCAAAAUCUAGAAGAAGCUGAAGUCUUCCUGGAAUCUCCAGUACCAGUUGGCCAUAAUCUCAAUUGUCCACUUCCCUCCAUAAAUGAGAUAUUACCCAAAAAUCCUGUAUCAAGAAUCUGCCUUUUCACGGUUCAUUUAUCAUGUGCACUGCUGAAGACUUGUAUUCCUAUUCUGUCACAAAACAACUAGAGUUGUCAUGAUAAAGUCAGCACAAAUAUUUAUUUUACAACCAUCUAUGGUGGGAGGGUUGGGGGGGGCUUUUUAAAAAGAAAAAAAAAUCUCUCUACCAUGUUAACUCUGAUGGUACACUCUGUUCUGGUUUUUCAGGGCCAGGUUUUUAUAUGAUUUUCAGCAAGUGUUUUAUUUCUAGUGUUUAGUGGCUUGAAGAUGCUGAUGCUUGACAGCAUUAAGAUUCUGUAAGAUGCCACAUACAGUAGUUAGAAAACAUUUAAGCGUGAGUUGUGGGAUCCUGAUUUAUCUCACAAAUGCAUGUGACGUGUGUAUGUAAGCAGAGGAAUGGAAGCUGUUUGCAGAGGGGAGCACAAGGCAUAGAUCAGCAUCACUAAUCUACAGCUGAGAUCUUAUCCUGUCACUUGAAAAAGAAAACUCUCAUGAUGAACCGGGGAAGAGUCAACCGUUUAAAAAUCAUUUUGUUGCUUCUGUUUAACAUUUGCGUGGGGGAUGGGAAUGGACUGUUCUGUCAAGCUUUCAAAAAUUGGAGUAUUCCAGCAUGAAAACAAAUUGCUAGGAACAUCAGACUUUGUUCAAAUACAUUUUUCUAUCUCCAGAUACCAGUGGUCUCUAUCUGAAACCAGAACACGCAUUCUGAGCAGCUGCAUGACACUUAAAUUACUGGUGUUUUUGUAUCGAGUCAGUCGUUGACCUUCAGCACAAUAUCUGUGUAAUUGUCUGGUGUCUCUCCUGCUCAUGGAAUGGCUGGGCACAGUGUCACCUGGUGCUAUGGAAUAUCUAGGCUAUUGUGACAACUCUAGACCUGCCUGCUUUCUUGAUGUAACCAUGUGCAAAGUCUGUAAGCUGCGAGAUGAAAUGUUCUACUGUGUCAAAGCACAAGAGAGCCAAUGAAUCGAUCGUGUUUCUUGACUAGCUCCUACAGCUUGGGGAAGUAUGUAUAAACUAAAGAUUGUAAUGUUUGGGUUUUUUUUUUUUUUUUUUUUGUAGCUUUACUUUCUCAAUGACUUUGGUCUAUUUAAAGGGACAGACUCGUUAAGACUGGUUUGUUCAUACAGUAAUGUCAGUGUAGCUUCUUAGUGUAUGCAAAUACAUGGUACACCUGCUCGUGUUGCCUCACACCGUGUGUGAUUCUUCACCCAAAUGUAGUUUGCAUUGCGUCGGAGUCUUUGGUUGGAAACGCUGUUUAGUCCGUAUCGGUUAUGACGAGCCAGUUUUAGUUUGGACUGCCAUGGCCUUACUGUUCCCUACCAACUCUCGCACUGUUGCACAGACACUACAUGCUGCCUGCAUUUGGUCUGAACUUGCAUUUUUAACUUUUUUUUUGUUCCCUUUCAGUUCUCUGAAGCAUGAUUUCAAUUAAUUCAUACUCUGGUGCUGUAGAGGAGAGGGUAUAUUAACUCGCUACUGUAGUCCCUAGUUCACCAGGAACUGCUACAGUUACUUUUAUUUAGCAAACUUGCUUGUGCCUAAAAUAAGGAAACUAAACUAGAAUGUGUGAAUCUUUGUGGGGGACCAGGUCACUGUUUAGUUAACUGGCCUAUAGCUAAACUUGAUGUGUUUGGUGUUUAUAUACUUCACUGCUUUCAGCGUUUAUGGCAUCCAAACACUACCAAUUGUUAACCUGUGCAUUACUCUCUGCAUGUGAACAACUUAUACAAUUACUGAACUUUGUAAAUACGUGAAUUUUUUUAUUUAGGUGGAUGCAUAUGUUGGUUUACUGCUCUUCAGCUUUAUUCAAUAAACUUAUGUUUUGAGGGUUGUAUUGACACUUAACUGACUGACUUGGGUUGAUGUGGCUUUAACUCAUGGCAAUACAUUAUGGGAUGUCUCUCUCCCGUAAGAUUAGAGUGGGGGAAGAAGGCUCAGUAAAUGCCUGAGCUUCUGUAUGUUCUGUGGUUCAACCAUUCAAGUGAAAUGCUUACAAAAAUACCUUUCAGGCCUGGGGCUUUCUCAGCUUCCAUGGGAGUGACUGGCUAAGCUUGCUCAGCAGACCUCAGUGCUUUAUUAUGUGUAUGAAAAGCACUAAUUAGUCAGCUGGAGGGUCUUAAGUAGGGGCAGCCUCCUGGAGGUCUGUUUUCAGGAGAAAAAUGCAUGUGUCUACAAACUUGUUUCUUGUCAUCAAGCCUAGAGUAAAACCUUGGUUUUUCUAGCACAAGUGUCAGAUGUAUCAGUGCCUGAUCACUUACUGCCAAUUAAAGCGUAAAGAUUCUUAUCUCAUUGGAAAGUGAAGCUUUUGUUGACUGAGGUCUUGAACAAAAUCUUUGUCGUGAUUUUAAUCUGAAGUUACUCUGACUGUUCUUCCCAAAUGCUUUGGUGCAUUAUUUUUUCUGAUUAACUUGUAGGACUGUAUUUCACCAUCUUCCAAUUAAUGGUAACAAAUUGGCUGUCUUCUGUUCACGGCCUGCCUCUGUCCAAGAUUUCAAGCUCACUGAGCUGUAACAGGAUGGUUUUUAGGCCUGAGCACUGGUCAGUUAACAUCUUUCACAUGUAACUGGGCUGGUGGGAAGGGCUGGUGAAGUGUGGUGUAAAAGCUUGUGUGCGUAUUUCUUCAGCUGCUGAGGUUUCCUGGGUGCAGAACAAGCUCCCUGGCGUUCACCUUCAAAGCAAAAUCUGCAAACAGUACUAAUGCAGUAAGAUUUGUCACCCGGGUUGGUAUGAUUCCAGUACUAAUAGCUUAAAUCAGCUGUGGUGGGAACUUGGCCAACAGCUGUUUGCUUGAUGUGGAGUUUCAGUAACAGUUUCUACUUCUAAAUGUAAAUAGCAAGGGGGGGUGGGGUGUCAUACUGUGCGUGCUCUAAAAUGUGUAUUUGUGUUACUUCAUAAAAUGUCUUCGGAGCUAUUUGUGUACAGUUCUUCCAGAUGCCUCUAGUUACGUGGCAGAAAUGCAGACCUUGAAGAGGCUAUUUGAACCCAGGGCAGAGAAUGAGACUUUUUCUGGCUGAGGGCCUGAUUAACUUCACUUUGAAACGGAAGUGUAGUAUGUGUUCCCAGAGAGGUGAGGCUGUUCUCACCACCUUUCAGCUUUGGACUGGAAAAAUUACUCUCUCCUUUGGCACGGUUAAGUCCAAGGUUAAACCUUUUCUGUCCUGAUAAAGGUGUGGAGCCUAAGAUGGGCGUUAGCCGUGUUCUCUGGUGGGCUUGGAUGCUAUAGAUGUGUUCUGUUCCUAGAAAUCUAUUAGGCCAAUCUAAUCUCUUGUGAUGAUUACUUGUCUCUGUAGUGAGCCUGGACAGUAAAAAGAGACUGAUUAAAUUGCCCAUUCUCUUAACCAGUUGCUUUUUGGGGCUGCAUUUUAGUAACAUAAAUGAUUGUACUUAAACAUCAGUAGUUCUGAAACUCUCUUCUGAUGUAUCUGCAGUAGGUCUCGGCCUUUAGCGUAUUAAGAAAAGGCAAAUACUGAGCUGUAGAGAACUCUGGGUCAUGAAUGCACGUGUGAGUUAGACACCUUGAUGACCUCAUGAUGUGUUGGUGUCCCAAUGACUUUAAAAUAGCUGUCAACUCCUAAUACUUGUUGGUUUUGUUCAGUACAAGCGAUGGCUCUUACUGAUUGUAGAGAUGUAGACUGGGAAGAAGUGUUUGUGUGUGAGCCCACAGCUGUGUGGAGGAUUUCCUUGGAGUGUUAACAUCCUAUCAAUGUUAGUGUGGAGGGUAGUUUUUAAGUGCAAUUACAGUGCAGUAUAAUUAUCAUCAUCACCCCAAGUACAGCCAAGUGUCUCAGCAGUUGCAGAGAGCUCUGUCCUGCCACUUGGCAAUGUGAAAAAUGCACAAAUACAGAGCUGUUCCAUGAUCUGUGGAACUAAUAAUCUAGUUUCUUAUGGAUUUGUGUUUUUUAUUUGCAUCUUUAUGAAACAGGCUGGGAAGACUGUCCUUUUUUGGAUGCUGAUGUAUAAAACUGCAUGAUCUUCACCUUCUGGUAGAAGAAAAGAGGCCAAAGAAAAUGCCUUAAACAGUCUCACUGGUUAAAUUAAUACAGGAAUGUUGUGCAGGGAUCUAUAAUAACUUGAAGUAUGACUUAGCUGGAUUAACAAGCUUUUAAACUUUUCUACCGUUUAAUUUUAUAGUUUACUGUGGCUGUGCAACAGCAUGUCAUGAGUUUGCUUUGUGCACCUUUGCUGAAUGUGAAGGAGAAGCACUUCCCCCUAGUCGCACGCCCCAGCGCUGCUCCCUGCUGCCUUGCUUUGGCUCUGGCCCCGACUGGGAAUUGUAAAAAAGGGGUGUAAAUCAGGUUAUUUAAGCUGUUUUACUAAAAGUGGUGUGUUCCCGAUUUACACGAGCGGCAAAGCAAUGAAUCGUGGUAAAGGAGAAACAACGUGUGAAUGUCUGAGCCUGGCAUGUGCCCCAGGACUUCUGUUCCCAACGUGUGAGUGUGGAAUGACUCGUCUCCCUGGAUCACAAACCUUCGACGGGUGGGCUGUUGCUGGAAGCCUACAGGUGCUGAACGUUACAGUAUGCCUUGGUGAAACAUCGGGGUUUUCUUUAGAUAUCACUUAAAAGACAAAACGGCACUCAAAGAGGGGCUAUGCACAUACUCUUUUACAGGAGAAAUCAAAUAUUUGGUGUUUUUAUUUCCGUCGCGGUGGAAGGUGGGUAAGUAGACCUUUGUGCCAGGAUUAGUGCCUUUUAAUUACGACAUGACAGGUUUUUAUUCUGUUAAAGGCAGCAUCUAUCAUUGUGAUCGUUUUGAAGUGCUUCAAUAAAAGUGUUGUUGAAAAACA